AUGACUUCCGACACCAAAACCCCGCCACAUAACGCGCAACCCUUCUUCUCAAAAUCUCUUGAUAGCAUCGACGUCAAAGAAAUCCCAUAUGAUGUAGGAGUGCCCGUCAUCUACUUCCUGAACACUGGGACAUAUCGAUGUCUCAAUCCCGAACUCGAUUCACAGGACGAGAGGAACUGCUCAGAUCUUGGAACUGCGUUUCGCGUCUACGCAGCUGCAACCAUGUUUGAACUGGUUGGACUUAAGAAUGCUGUUCAGAGUCGUAUGGCGUAUCUCGAGAAAAGGAUGGACUUGGCCUCGGUUGCGCGUUCAUUGAAAGAGACUGGGCUGAACUUGGAGGAAUAUCCAAUGCUGGCGAUGCAUUUGUACUCGUACAUCCAGAUUUCUAAGGAUGUAUCUUCAAAAGAAGAGAUGAAGUUGAUGAUUACCGAGCUUGGAUUUCCUGAAAGUGUCAAUAUAGAUUCUUUCCAGUCCUCUUUGGCAUCGAAGGGACUACCCAUGGAAGAAAGGGAUGCCAAGCCGACAUAUCCUCAGAAAAGUCCGCCAAAUCCUACGCCAGAGUCUAAAUCGGAGUCCGAACCGGAGGCUGCGCCAGAACUGCCUUGUUGCUCAACGGACAAGAACAAGGUAGUUACUACUGUUGUCACGUCUGCCCCCGAGAAAGACCUACCGAAAACGGCCGCCACGAAAACUUGGAUGAGGUUGUUACCAAAGAUCAAGUUGGCAAUGACUUUUGGACGAAGUGAGGCCGUUCCCGAGGAGUCUAUAGAGCUACAGAAUACUAGAAAGCCGGUAGAUGAGAUAAUGACCCCAGCUCAGGGUCUUCCAGAGGAGUCACUAGUUUUGGCACGAAAACUUGUUCUGUCAGCUGUAGGACAGAAUUUGGAAGAGGGUGAUAUUGGACUUCAGGAGGGCACCUUUCAAGUUCCACCCCCAGCCAAAGAUUUGUGA